AAAUCGGGGUACGUAAUGCUCAAGAUGCUGCUAAGUGUGACGUUACUGGCCCUCGCCGCGGUCGCGACCGCUGACACCGGCGUCAAGGAUCCCCAUUACUGGGACAACCACGACGUUAUGGUGCAUCUCUUCGAGUGGAAGUGGAGCGAUAUUGCAGAUGAAUGUGAAAACUUCCUUGCCCCGCAAGGAUACGGAGGUGUCCAGGUAUCGCCUCCGAAUGAGAAUCUGAUAAUUUCUGACCGGCCUUGGUGGGAACGUUACCAGCCAGUUUCUUACAUACUGACGACUAGAUCUGGGACUGAAGACGAAUUCAAGGACAUGGUGGAACGUUGCAAUACUGUCGGUGUCAGGAUUUACGUUGACGCAGUUUUCAAUCACAUGUCCUCAGUGGCAGACGAUGGGACUUAUGGUACUGCUGGAUCUCAGGCUUACUAUUCCUCACUGUCAUGGCCUGGAGUUCCCUACACGUCGGACAACUUCCAUACUUCCUGUUCCAUCUCGAGCUACCUGGAUGCCUCUCAGGUGCGAAACUGCUAUUUGGAAGGUCUUGCGGACCUUGACCAGUCGCAAGAUUAUGUCCGCGCUGAGAUCGCAGAGUACUUGAACAAACUGAUUGAAAUGGGCGUAGCUGGCUUCCGUGUCGACGCAGCUAAGCACAUGUGGCCCGCAGAUUUGGAGGUCAUUUACGACAGCCUGGAGACUCUUAAUAUCUACCAAGGCUUCGAGUCGUACACUAGCCCGUUCAUUUUCCAAGAGGUCAUCGAUCACGGAGGUGAAGCAAUUUCCGCAUCGGAGUACACGGACCUUGGCAGAGUUACCGAAUUCAAGUACGGUACGGAGCUGAGUAAUUGCUUCCAAGGAAACAACGAUCUCAGGUGGUUGACGAACUGGGGUGAAGACUGGGAUCUUAUGUCAUCCGAUGACGCUUUCGUCUUCGUCGACAACCAUGACACCCAGCGCGGUGGAAGCGUCCUCACGUACAAGAGCUCCAAGGCGUAUAAGAUGGCGGUCGCCUUCAUGUUGGCCCAUACCUACGGCACUCCCCGAGUUAUGAGCUCCUUCUCGUUCACCGACGAUGAUGCCGGUCCACCUGCUGACUCCGAUGGCAGCAUCAGCUCUCCCAUAUUCUAUUCCGACAACAGCUGUGGAAACGGUUGGGUCUGCGAGCACCGUUGGCGCCAGAUCUACAAUAUGGUUGGAUUCCGAAAUGCUGUAAAGGGAACCACGAUCAAUGACUGGUGGGACAACAGCAGCAACCAAAUUUCCUUUUGCCGCGGUGGUGCCGGAUUCAUUGCAUUUAAUUUAGACUCCUGGGACCUCCAGCAGACCCUCCAGACCUGCCUCUCUGCUGGUACCUACUGUGACGUAAUAUCCGGCAGUUUGGAGGACGGUAGCUGUACAGGAAAGUCGGUAACCGUUGGCAGUGACGGUACCGCUUACAUCGAGAUAUUGACUAGCGAGGAGGACGGUGUACUUGCUAUUCAUCAGAACGCAAAGCUGUGAUGAUAACGUUGACGUUGGCCACAUCAUCUUCAAUUAAGGAGCAACUCUAAUCGGAGGACUAAAUUUUAUUAUUUUUUUUUACAAUCUGGAAGUUUUUACGCAAUAAAAAAUUGAAAAA